CCUCAACAUACACACAGCUCAUUGUUCAACCCUAAAGACGCAACUGUCUUCGUUUAACAGGUGGAACAGGAAGCCAUCAUUGGUGAAAGAUCUACAGAGACAUAAUGAGAGUCACUGCAGCCGUCCUACUGGUCCUCUGUCUCCUGGCCAUCAGUCAUGCAUGGGACUGUCGGGAGAUAGUAAACAUCAAGAAUCUGAUGCAGAUCGAUGCAGGACUUGGGCAAGUGGUUGCUACGGACACAAGUCAAAUCCCCUACUACCUGGUAGGUGAUAAAUGGAUCCGCCUGCCUGGUUCCCUGAAGCAUAUCACUGUAGGACCAGCAGGGAUCUGGGGUGUCAACAAGGCAGACUCAAUCUACAAGUAUGUGGCCGGUAACUGGGUGCAAGCUGCCGGCCUUCUGAAACAGUUGGAUGCUGGAGGUGAACAGUUUAUUGUGGGGGCUAACAUGGCCGAUACUCCAUUCUGUCUGACACGUAGUGCCACAGUUGGUUACAAGGGUCCAGGCUCACCCAUUCCAUGGACAGGAUUGCCAGGAGCUGUGAAGUACUACAGUUGUGGACCCUUUGGGUGCUGGGCAGUCAACAAGAAUGAUGAUAUCUUCUUAAUGAGUCUGAAUCAAGAAUGCCAAAACAAGGGGUGGAGUCACAUUGAUGGCAAGCUUUCCAUGAUUGAGGUGGCAACUGAUGGUAGUGUCUUUGGGGUCAACUCUGCGGGUAGUGUUUAUACCAGAGACGGAAUCACAGCCAGUAAACCAGAGGGCACUGGAUGGAGCAAUAUCCCAAUGUGUAUGCGCAUGGGCCACGUGACCUACGACCUGGGCCGUCUUUGGGUCGUCUCCAAGACUGCGGUCACCAUGGUGUGCACACAUUAG